ACUGCGGGUGCGGAUGCUCUACUAUCUGAGACAGGAAGUGAUCGGGGACCUGGCAGACCGCAUCCUGGAGGGAGCUGAUUCCAGUGAGCUGGAUAUCUGGAUUCCGCAGCCGCUCCAUGCUGAAGUCCCCACUGAUUGGUGGGAUGUGGAGGCUGAUAAAUCUCUGCUCAUCGGUGUGUUUAAACACGGUUAUGAGAAGUAUAACUCCAUGCGAGCCGACCCGGCGCUGGGGUUUUUGGAGCGAGUGGGAAUGCCGGAUGCCAAAGCCAUCGCCGCUGAGCAGAGGGGAGCGGACAUGGUGGCAGAUGGAGAGGAUGAAGACCCGGAGUAUAAACCACUGCGUAUGCCCUUCAAGGAUGAUAUGGAUGAUUUCACCAACUCCCCUCUGGAUGAUAAAGAGGAGAUGAUGGAUGUAGAAGGUGGUGAAGCCCCUAAGGCGAGUGAGAACGGGGGUAAAGCUGGGAAUCUGUACUGGCCUGCAGCGUCGGCUCUCACCGCGCGCCUGCGUCGCCUCAUUACCGCGUACCAGCGCUGCCACAAGAGACAGGAGACGCUGAUUAAACCGGGCAGACGCAGACGUCUCCGUGAGGACCACCUCCUCGCCAUGGCGACCGAGGGCGGGGCUUUCACUCUGGAGCCAAACAGGGUGGCCACAACAGCUUAUCUAACUGAAGGAGCGUCGUUUGUUAAAACCUCACCGUUCCUGCACGAGAGCGCCGCCCUGUUGGCCGAUGGAGCUGCUUUCUUCAAAGAGAGACGUCAGAGAUGGACGAGGCGUGAGGAGGCAGAUUUUUACCGUGUGGUGUCUACAUUCGGGGUGGUUUAUGACGUCCAGACGCAGUGUUUCGACUGGGCGCAGUUCCGGGCCUUCGCUCGUCUCGAUAAGAAAACGGACGAGAGUCUGGAGAAGUAUUACUACGCCUUCGUGGCCAUGUGCAAGCGGGUGUGUCGCAUGCAGGUCAAAGACUCAGAGCUGGCCGACCCGACGCUGAUCAUCGACCCGAUCACAGAGGAGCGAGCCUCCCGGACUCUGUACCGUAUCGAGUUACUGCGGCGGAUCAGGGAGCAGGUUCUGCCCCACCCCGAGCUGGAGGAGAGACUGCACCUGUGUCAGCCCAGCUCCGACCUCCCGGCCUGGUGGGAGGUGGGAAAACACGACCGGGACCUUCUCCAUGGAGCCGCCAAGCACGGAGUGAGUCGCACAGACUACCACAUCCAGAACGACCCCGAGCUCGGCUUCCUGCAGGCACAACGCAAGUUCGUCCAGGGCCGAGGAUCCGAGGCCACGCUGACCUCUGACCCUCUCACCGCCGUGGAUCUGAUCAAAGACGAGGAGCUGAAGCACGACACCACAGAGAAAGUGGACAUCCAGGAAGAGAAAGAGGGGAAAACUGCGGCCGCCUCACCCAAACAGGAAGUGAAGACUGAAGAGGAAGAGAAGAAUCAGAAAGAGGAGAUGAUGCAGAAAGAAAACAGAGCAGAAGUGAAGAGCGAAGAAAAUCACAGCAUUCCUCAAACAACCGAAGAGGAGAAGGUCACAGAGUCUGAGGACACGCCCACACUUCCUGUUCCUGCUCUCACAGACACAAACAAAGAGGAGCAGGAGAACCUGACCGGUACAGAGAACCACAAACCCAACACUGAGAAGAAUUCUGAGGAGGAAGAGGAGGAGGAGAAGAUGGAUGAAGAUGACAAAUCGGAGAAAUCGUCACAGGCUGACGUCUGCGCGUCCUCAGACAGGAAGAACUUUGACGAGGAGAGUAACGCCUCCAUGAGCACGGCACGAGACGAGACGCGGGAUUAUUUCGGCAUGGACGACGUGGAGCCCUCGGUGUCUCAGACGUUCGGUGAACGGAGCGCGUUCUCCUUCUGGCCGAAGGACCGGGUGAUGAUCAAUCGGAUGGACAACAUCUGCGAGGCAAUCAUCAAGGGCAAGUGGCCAACCAAUAGGAGGCAGUUCUUUGACUUGCCUGGCCUGUUGCCUGGAUAUGGUGCCAUAGCAACGGACAGCCCUAUGCCCAGGAGGAGCAUGGGAGACUUCUCUGUGAUGAAUCAGAGCAGCUACAGCGGGAGUGAUGACAUCACCAUGUCACCGCAGGUCAAUAAGGACGAGGCUCUGAGUCUGUCGGUUCCUCGUCAGCGGAGACGCAGGAGGAGGAAGGUGGAGAUCGAGGCCGAGCGAGCUGCUAAGCGGCGUAAUCUGAUGGAGAUGGUUGCGCAGCUCCGUGAAUCUCACGUCGCAGAAGGUCAGACUCGAGCUAUGGAUCUCACUAAAGCUCUACACGGCCUGGCUCCGUCCUCCUCCUCUUCCUCUUCGGUGUUCCCCGGCGCCGUGGCUUCCCCGAUGGAGCUGCUGCACGCGGCCGGAGCCUCCAGAGCCAACGGAGCCGUGCUGGAGGCUGAAAUUCCCACACGGAGGAGGAGAGGACGCAGGAAAAACGUUGAAGGCCUCGAGCUGCUCUUCGCAGGAAAUAAGACUCCGCAGCUCAACACGGAAGAUUCAAACGGGACCAAAGGUUUUGCAGACGGGGCACACGUGCCGGCACGAGCACCGAGACACAUUCCAGCUCCUGCACAGAAAGAGGAGGGCGGCCAUCUUAAAGGAGAGGAUGGAGCGAGCACUAAGGACCUACAGGAGUGGCUCAGACAGCAUCCCACCUACACCAUGGACGUGCCUGGAUACAUACCAAAGAGUGAGGAGCUUCUCACACAGCUGGGAAAACCGAAGCAGAAAAGACAUCGGUGUCGAAACCCAAACAAGAUCGACAUCAACACGCUGACCGGAGAGGAGAGAGUGCCUGUGGUCAACAAGAGGAACGGCCGAAAGAUGGGGGGCGCGAUGGCUCCUCCCAUGAAGGAUUUGCCGCGGUGGCUGUCUGAGAAUCCGGAGUUCGCCAUCGCUCCAGACUGGACAGACAUCGUCAAACAGUCUGGUUUCCUGCCCGAGUCCAUGUUUGACCGUCUCCUGACCGGGCCCGUGGUUAGAGAAGAGGGGGUCCGGCGCCGUGGACGAAGACCUAAAUCUGAGAUCGCUAAAGCAGCAGCAGCUCAAGCUUCUCUCUCUGCAGCUUCUUCAGCCUCUACCUCGGGCGUGAACCCCUUCCUGCUGAACAGCCUGUUUGGGGGAAUGGACCUGAGCAGCCUGCAGAACCUACAGAACCUACAGAACCUGCAGCUCCUCAUGGGCUUGUCUCCUUCUCUUGGUGCAGGAGCUGCAGAUAACAAGACCACCACCACCACCAUGUUGCCACUGAUGCUGCCUGCCAUGAGUGCCCUGCCCAAUGUCUUUAGCCUUGGGGGGCUUUUUGGAGGCAACAUGGCGGCAGCGGCGGCUGCUGCUGCUGCAAACUUAAAUACAAACACCACGGCUGCUUCAGAGUCUGAGGAGACAAAGAAAGAUGGAGAACUCAAGGAGGAAGGUGAGGAGAAGAAGGAGGAGGCAGAGAAACCUGCUGAGAACGAGUCGAGCGACGCGAAUGCGGCUGCAGCAACCAAUCUUUCUGCCAAUCCUCUGGCGUUUAACCCGUUCCUGCUCUCCACCAUGGCUCCUGGGCUUUUCUACCCCUCCAUGUUCCUUCCCCCUGGCUUGGGCGGUUUAGGGCUGCCCGGCUUUUCUCCAGCAGCUCUCGCUGAGCUCCAGAACGCAAUGAGUGGCGCAUUAGGAGGUGCUGGAGAGGAGAAGGAGGAGAACGAGGAGACGGGGCAGAACCAGGAUGCAGUAAAAGCCAGCAGCACUCUGGAGAACAGCGACUCUGACGAGGGCGAGAACAAAACCGAGGAUCUGACCGGAGCGGCCGAGGAACUGGACUCCGUGGAGGCAGGAGAGGAAGAGGACGACGACGACGAUGAUGAUGAGGAGGAAGAAGUUGGAGAAGAUGAUGAGGACAAGAGUGACUGAAGAUACAAAUCCACCUGACUGACUUUCUGCCUUUUACCCCUGAGGGCUUUUUUUUUAAAAGAAAAACUCUACUGAUUUCCCAAACUCUGAAUUUUUAUGUAAUUUUGGUUUAGUUUUGUUGACGGAUAAACAAUAUAAUGAUGAGGGAACACAAUGAUGUUUCUGCAGGACUUCAGUGUAGUACACACACACACACACACACACACACACACACACACACACACAGGCAGUAGUGGACAUGUUGUGGAUGUGAAAGGGGUUGGGUUUGUGGCCUGUGGUGGUGGUGAUGUGCUUUAGAGGAGGCGAUGACUGAAACGUCCCGAUCCUGUUAGGAAUGAGAAGGUUCUGAUAGUGCUGUGCUGCUUCUUUCUGUUAAAUUUAUGUUUAUUGUUUGUUUUUUUUUCUCUCUCUACUGAUAUUGUAAACGGUGAGUGAGUAGCAUCUCGAUGAGGAACGUUCAGUGGCGUACAGUUUUAAACAGCAUUAAGACGAGCGACUCUCUCCACGCUGCUGAAAACAGAAUUGAGAAGUGAAUGAAAUGAGGAUUGUUCUUGUCGUACUGUUCUGCUGAGGGAUGAAGUUCUCACAUAUCAAAGCCUACACUCGGACUGUUCAAGUCUCUCACACUGACAAUCUAUACGGGUGAGGAGACGCUCGGCCUGUGGAGACAGCAAUAACUGAAGGCAGCUCCUGAAUGUUCCACUUUACCACAGGGUGUGUGAGGGGGUGGGGGUGUGCAAGAUUGUGGGGGGUGUGUGUGUGUGUGGGCAAGAUCAGGGUAUAUGAGAGGGUGGGUUCUGUGUGUGUGUGAAUGUGUAUGUGAGGGGGUGUGAUUUGUGAGUGUCUUGGUGAGUAUGGGUGUGCGGGUGUGUGUGUGUGUGAGAGAGGGUGUGGGUGUGUGAGAGCAGGGGUGUGUGUGUGUGUCUGAGAGUGAGAGCAGGGGUAUGUGUGAGAGGGGGUAAGAGAGAGGGUGUGUGUGUGUGUGGGUGUGUGUGAGACGGGGUGGGGUUUCAGUAAAGGGAGGUGUGAUGAAUUAUUGCGGUCGAAUAGUCUCCUGAAGAUCUCCAUGUUGAUGCACUGGUGUAAGGAUGAAAUCAGGUACUUUAUCUAUUGAAUGGACUUUUUGUUACUUUUAGCCAGCAAGCUGAACAGCAUUACCUCAAUUCUAAACUAGCCUUGAAGUUUACACACACAAACCUUGUACAUGUUUCUCUCCUUUAUCUUUUCUCUACACUUUUCACUUUCUUCUUUUUAUUAUUUGAAACAUCAUGUAUGAUGACGUGUAAAUGGCUGCCAACUGUAGUAAUGAUGCUUUUAAUAAAAGUGACCCAUGAUAUUCGCAUAGAAACCAAAA